AUGGCAGAAUCAGCAGUAGACUCAAACGAGGACCUGUCAGAAGAAACAGAGGACCUGGAACCUCUGGAACCAGAUGAUGGUGGCACUUUCCAACAAGUCACAAACCUCCUCAACAUCAUAGACAGCGAAUCAAAGAUGGAUGCUGCUGGGGCAGGUCCUGACAUGCGGAAGACACUGGCCUCGGUGAUAAUCACGGAGAAGGCCACCGCCAAGCCCUGUAUGGUGAUGAACGCUCUCAUCCGCUGCCUACAGGUGCCAGAGAUAUCCACCCAGCGGAAAGUCAACAUCUACAACAUCCUGCAGGAGAUCAUUCAGCAGGAGGGGGAGCUGGAGGAGCAGUGUGUCCACAGGCUGGUGACCAUUGCCUCCAAGGAGAUGCGGGAGAUCCUGGAGGUGGAGGGUUACAUGAAGGCAGAGGUGGCCAGUGACACCCUGGUAGCUUUGUCCCGGAACCACUUCAGUGUGGUCAUGUAUGAGAUGCAGCACCGUCUCAAGCCCCUCGACCUCACAGACGAGUUUGUCAUCAUCACCCUGGCGAAGCUGGCCAACGGCAAUGUGUUUGAGUUCAUGCCCUACAUGGGCAUCACCCUGGCAACCAUAUUCACGAUGCUGAGACUCGUCAACGAAGCCAAGAUGCGCCAGGUGAUCUGUGGUGCCAUGGAGACCUUUUGUGAGACGGUGCAGUUCUACCUGAGGCAUCUAGAGGACAGCGUGUACCCUGUGAUGACAGAGGAGCAGUUUGCUAUAAAGCUGUUCCCCAUGUAUCGCUAUUUCGUGACCGUGUGGCUGAGGAGCUACAACCCAGAGGUGAAGCUGGGGGUCAUCAAGUCCCUGAGGCCCAUGCUGAACCUGCUCCUGCCCAACGAUGACCUGCGGGAGGAGGUGUACGACUACCUCCCCCUGCUGCUGGCAGAGUACCAGGGCAGCCUGGAGGCCCUCUUCAUCACGCAGGUCUUGAGGCAGAUCCUAGAAGUGUCGGUCAUCACCAGCACCCCCGUCCCCCAAAUGCAUCUACACACUAUUUUCACAGAACUGCACACCCAGGUGUGCACCAAGGCCCCCGUCCAGCAGCAGUACAGCAGCCAGAACGUGAGGGAGAUCGAACACUGCUUCAUAGCCCUCGCUCGCUCCUACCCUAAGGAGCUGAUGAAGUUCUUUCUCAGCCAAAUGGAGAUAAGCAAGGAGGCCAUCCGCGUGGGAACCCUCACCCUGAUCAGGGCAGUGGUGGGCGCAGAUGAUCCCAGAAUGAAUAUCAAGACCAUCUGCCUGGCCAUCCGGGUGGUCAAGAACACCAUCUCUGACACCCGCUCCAAGGUGAGAAUGGCAAUUCUCCGCAUCAUCGGCCAGCUGGCUCUGUCUGGCUUCCAGGACAGGAUCAAAGGCUGGGGCCUAAAGUACGUGUCCAUUCAGCUGACCCUGUCCACCUACAAAUUGACGAAUCGCCGGGAGAGCUUUCAUCAGAGGGACCUGGAGGAAAAGAUGGUGCACAAAGUCACCAUGGACACCGUGAAGAUCAUAACCUCUGCUGUCAGUGGGAUGACCAAUGAGUUUUGGGUGAGGCUCUUGUGCUACAUCAUGGAGACCAAUAACAUGGAGGUCUUGACCCCCAUCUGCAUCAGCCUCACAAACCUGGCUGAACGCCAGUUCCACAUCGUGGAUGGGGAGACCAGCAUGGCCAGCAAGAGCAGGCAUGUGGACCUGCCUGCACCGCAGAAGCUGCUGGCCCGUCUCCUGGUGCUGAUGUCAUCCCCCUACGAAGGGGAAGGGAGGGGGAUAGCCAUGCUCAACCUUCUGAGGACCCUGAGCCACAGCAUUGCACCCUCCAUGGCCGACAUGUGGGAGUUGGAGAUCCCACUGCUGAUCAAGUACCUGGAAGAACAUACUAAGUUUACAUGGAAUCAGGAGACUUGGGCGGACAAGCUGAUUCAGUUUCUGAGACUCUCCCUCAAGAAGACUCGGGGUUCCAACUGGAGCCUGCGUCUGGCCAAAGAGCUGAAUAACCAGAUCGAGAGCUUUGACAGCCCCUCCCUGGAGAAGAGCUUCCUGUACCGGGCGUUGGGCUUCACCUUGGCCACAGGCCUGGAGGCCGACAAGGUGGAGGUGUUGCUGCUGGAGCUGCUGUACAAGACCGACUACAGCAAGGACUUUGACCGAGAGGGUGUGAUUCUGUGCUUUGGCCUGUGCGCCCAGGGCCAGGUGAAGACUGUGCUGAGUGUGCUUCAGGACUUUGAGGAGAGGAUUCAGGAAUCAGAGGAGUCCUGGCAGAUCGGUGCUUGGCGGAAGGACCACCCCUGGAGGCGGGAGACAGUGAAGAGCGCUCUCAUGGUGAUGUACAGCUGUGUGGCCUUGCACUGCCACUGGCAGAUGCUCCUCACUCAUGUGGACACCCCCAUCACCGCCAAGAUCAUUCACCACUACACCAGCAGCUCCCAGGACAUCUGCCUCAAAAUGGCCUUCAUGAAGAGCGUGGUGCAGAUCUCGAGUGCCAUCGAAAACCUCAAGGGCCCGGGGGACUUUCAAUUUGCCCAGAAGAUGACUCUUACUGCCAUUAUAGUGGCGAUCAUCAAGGCGGAGCCGACCGACAAUCUGGUGUCUCCCAUGCGCACCAUGGCCAUGGAUGCCCUCCUGCACCUGAGCAAAGUGAAGCCUUUCUACUCCACAGAGGAAAACAGUGAGCUGAUGGAUAUCAGUAUACAUUCUGUAAUUUCUCUCCAACCCCCAGGAAAGGACAAUGAGUCCAUUAAGACCCUGUACAUGAAUGCCCUGUGUGUCCUGCAGCAGCUGAUGGAGGGCCUUUUGCAGAGGCAGAUGGACCCCAAGGGCCUGCAGGAGAUGGUGCAUCUCCUGGAAAAGUGGAUCUUGUCCGAGAAAGAAUGGGAGCGGGAGAAGGCUAUGAACCUGCAUCUUUGUCUCAUGCAGAGCUACAUCCAGAGCAUCGGCGUCUGCAUCCCCCUGAAGCUGGGGCAGUUUGGCACACUGAUUGGACUCAUUGCCCCAUGCACCUGUGACUCCAACAAAAGAACUCGCCUGGCCUCAGCGGACGUCCUGUCCAGCCUGCUGGAUCUGCAUGCAAGCCAGACCUGCUCUUCAUGGGAUGCGUGCAAAGAGUUGGAGCUUGCGAGAUGCAAGCAGGACCUCCAGGGCUUGGAGGUGGAGAAGAUUUUCAGUGCGUCCUCCAGAAUUGCUAAGGUGAUGAUCCAGGAAGCUUCUGUGGCUGAGAUCCUGGGUGCCAUCUUGGUCCACCUGCCCGUGGUGGAUCACCAGGAGGUGCGGCGCCACCUCAUCGAGGGCAUUCUCCUGUUGGCCCACUACCACCAGGAGACGGUCCUCACGUCGCUCCUGAGGCAGCCCCUGCCCAUGCAGAGCCACCUGGUGGAGGUGUGGCUGGCUGUGGCGGAGAAUGUACCCUUUGCCCGGUUGAUGCUCCACGGGCUGAUGGGCCGGCUGCAGUCCCGGUUCACCCCCAGGGCCAACGCCACCUCCAAGGCUGACAUCUGGCGCCUGGCUGCGGUAGACCCUCUGAUGACCCUCUGCACCAUCCACCUUCUCAUCGAGAAGAUGGACAAGGACGACAAACUCCCGGACCUCCUCCCGGACCUCAUCUACACCCUCCUGAUGCAGCUGGGCAGCAGCCAGGGGCCGGAGGCAGUGUCGCCCGCCCUGAAGACGUGGAGACUCAUCCACACGGGGACCCUGCCCGAGGAGAUCAACCUGCAGAGGAUCACAAUCAAAUCCAUGCAGCUUUUGUUCAAGAGACUCGACAGUGAGCAGCUGGUCCACAUGCUGGAAGAGCAGGGCGUGUGGGCCCUCCUGGAGAGUGGCUCCACUUUCCUGCAAGGAGCAGGCCUGCUGGCCAGGCUGUGCAUUCGGAAUGCGGAGGGCUACAGGCAGAGGCUGUCGGAGCUGGUGCUCAGAGGCAUGGCCUCGGAGGUCCUCAGCUGCCGUGGGAGACCAUUCUGUUUCAUGAGCGACCCAAUUCUGUACCAGGAGAGGCUGCUGAAGCCCGCCAUGCAGCUGCUAGAGAAGGGCGUGGACCAGAGGGAGGAGGUCCUGCAGGUGCUGGCCCUGCGUGCCCUCGGCAACAUGGCCCUGGGCGCCCCCAAGAAGGUGAGGCAGUACCGCAAGCUGCUCCUGGAGAAGUGCCUAUACGCCCUGAGGGAUGCCCGCAGCACCAGCGUGCCCUCUGAGGGCAUGGAGGCCCUGACCAAGAUCCUGGCCGAGCUCCGGGAAGGGGACGUAGGGUCCUUCUUCAAUGCCAUCUCUGAGCAGUGCAGGUCCUUCUUUGACAAUGAGAGCGAGCUGCUGCGCUUGAAAGCCUUCCUCCUGUUCAGCAAGCUGGCCAAGGUGGUCAGGGUUUCCAAGAAGCACUUCUUCAAGGGGGAAGUGAAGAGAGCCUGGGUCCCGCUCAUGCUGCACUGCCAGGACCCCUGCCCUGACGCAGCCCAGGCCUGUGUGGAGACCAUGUAUCAGUGUGUACACUUCUGGGGCUGCAAGGGCCUGGUGGACUCCUCAAGGCAAAGAGACACCAAGGGGGCUGAUGAGAUGGCCACUUUCCAGACGACUCUGUGCUCCGUCCUGACUCAGAAAAAGCCUGCUGUUCUCUACAGUUUCUUGCUAGAAACAAUGCCCUACAUUAAAAGUAACUUGUCAAGGAUCAGAAUCGCUUCCUGCAACUUGGCAGGGAUUAUUAUGAAGCAGAUGUCUGAACAUUAUCUGAAAAAGCUGGACUUUGUGGCAUUACGGAAUUCCCUCCAGGAGCUACAGUUGGACACAGAUCCUGGGGUGCAGAGGGCAGCCCUGGAGACUCUCAAAAUCUUGGAUACCUGCAGUCAGCACCGGCUUUUGGCUUCCCCCAAAGGAAUCUCCUAGGUGGCCCGAAUGUGAAAUGCAAACUGCCCACCCUGCCCAUAGCAAUGCAGACCACUUUGAAUUUAGUUUGUAAGGAAAGCAUUGUUCUGAGAUAAUCAGUGUCCCCUCCUUUCCACUGAAAUAAACCUCCAUUGCCACGUGGAUGCAGACUCUUGGCUGUAAGGUGACGAUAUCCCAGAGUCAGGACAGCGGGGCAAAGGGAGAGGUCAUUGUUUCUAGCAAGAAACUGUAGAGAACAGCAGCCCCAAGCAUCAGAAUCCACCUUCGUCUUCACUGGCAUUUAGGUCCCAUUCAUGCUGAUGGUGUCCACUGCCCAUGGCUGUGCCAGGCAGAGAGCCGGGUUACUGUGCGGGCCCUGCCCCAGGGCCCCCACUCUUAUAGGGAAAGGAGGCAUCUACCAGCCAAAUGUGACACACAUUAGAGCAGCGGUCGCCAACCUUUCGGACCUCACGGACCACCGGUUGGCGACUGCUGUAUUAGAGGGCACCAUUCUGUACAGUUCAUGGGUCCGUUAUUGGCAGAGCUGUAAAUUGGCUGAGAUGCAAGCCCAGUCCUUCUGCCUUACCUUCCUCUGCUAGAUAACAGGACAUCAAACCCUGAAUUUCUAGGCUCUCUGGCAGCGAGGCCUGGCCAGAGACCUCAGCACAGGCCCACUGGGUAACGGGUUGGGGUGAGCCAAGGCACGAGCAGAUUGGGGCAAGAAUGAUAGUUUUCCUGGUAAGGAAGAAAGGUCUAGAACUGCAGGGGCCACUCCAGCCUUGGCUGAGCCAGUCAGCACCCCCUGCUAGUCCUCCUUACUGAAUCACAGGGCUCUGGACUGAACAUGUCUCCCCAAGUUCACACAUGGAAACCCCAACCUCAGUGCGAGUGCCCGAGAUGGGGCCUUGAUGAUGGGAUUAGGGCCUUUAUGACAGCGCCCGCUCUGUCUGCCAUGUGAGGACAUGGUGAGGAGGUGCCGCCUGCAAUCCAGGAAGGGUCCUCAUUGGAGCCCAUGCUGGCACCUGGACCUCUGACGUCCAGCCUGAGA